GGAUUCUUAUUCAAGUGGAAGGAAGCCUGGGAUCACGGGCCUGCGGGCCUCGGCCUUCGACGCAAGUCUAAGGCUCCUCCCCCGCACCGGCAGAGGGCGACCUCUCUCGCAGCCUCGGUUCGUAGGAGGGGCCUUCCGGAAAGCGAGCGCCCCGGGCUGUAGCUGGCCGAGCGCUGCAGGAAGGGACGCCGGCCUCGCGCCUCUCCUCGUCCCACCUUCAACCGGAGGUACCCGGGAGAAGCUUCUGCCACUCGGGCUCACAAAAUGUUGAGCGCGCGCCCGGAACGACGCUAUGCGCGGGUCUCGCGGUGCGUCUCCUUCAGCGCGAGCCAUAGGCUCCACAGCAAAUUUCUCAGUGAUGAAGAGAAUCUAAAACUGUUUGGAAAAUGUAAUAAUCCCAAUGGCCAUGGGCAUAACUAUAAAGUUGUGGUGACAGUACAUGGAGAGAUUCAUCCUGUAACAGGAAUGGUUGUGAAUCUGACAGAACUGAAAGACAUUAUGGAGGAGGCAAUUAUGAAACCUCUUGAUCAUAAGAACCUGGACCAGGAUGUACCCUACUUUGCAGAUGUCGUAAGCACAACAGAAAAUGUAGCUGUAUAUAUCUGGGAAAACCUUCAGAAAAUUCUUCCUGUGGGAGUCCUUUAUAAAGUCAAAGUGCAUGAAACUGACAAAAACAUCGUUGUCUACAAGGGAGAGCUAUCAGCCUUUGGGGAUUAGCAUUACCAUGUGAACAUUAAAUUCAUGGCAAAUAUCUUUGGAAAGGAACUUUAUCCUGUGAAGUAUUAAUAAGCUGCCACAUAAAUGCUACAAUUGUGUUUUGGAAUAUCUGAAUGUAAAAAAAUAUUUCAAAUUGGCAGAAUUUUUCAUUUAAUUCUAGAGAGCUAUACUUUAUAAAUAAAAACAAAAUGCUUUGGUGGAUCAUUUAAAAAAAAUAUCUUCAUAUUACUUUGUUAUGGUCAUCUAGUUUUCCUAAUAGGGAAUAACAAGUGAAUGAAUGAAUGAAUUAAAAAGUAUUCAAUAAGUGCCUAAUAUUUUUAUUUUAGAGCAUAGACCUAACCAUUCUAUUAAGCAUGCAGGAUACAAAUAAAAAGUGAGGACAGCCUCUGUUCUCAGUGAGUUUACAUUCUUAUAGUGAGAUACAACCUACAUGUUAGAUUAGUGACCAGUGAAGACUCUUUGGUUUGGAGGCACUUAAGUAGCUCAAUGGAUGCAGAGCCAGGCCUUUAAAUGGGUGCUUCUGGGUUCAAAGGUAGCCUUAGGCCCUAGCUGUGUGACUCUGGGCAAGUCACUUAAACCUAGUUACCUCACACUUUCCACUCUUCUGUCUUGGAACUGAUACUUAAUAUUGAUAUGAGGAUAGAAGGCAAGGAUUAAAAAAAAAAAGACCAUUUGGUUUGGAAGGUUCCUAAAUGGAGUUGUAGGAGAGUAUAAAUUGGCAUGCCCUUUCUAGGAACGGUGUUAGGGUUGAUUUCAUUAUGGUUUCAGGACUGGAAAAGGAGGGGAGAGGCAGGGGUGAUUGGUGCAGAGAAUAAAGUGAAGCAUAUCUGGAGAUGAUUUAGUGGGUUUAGUGGGCUCCUAAGGCCACCUACCACUAAUCACCCCUGAGGGUCCAAGAGUAGCCAUUCUGGCAUUCUGGGCAUGGACAUAUUAAGUUGUCUUAGACACAACAAAGUAAAGGAUGUUUUUGUAGGGUAUUUGAAACAUUAAAACGUGUGUAAAACUUUGCAGUAAGUCAAGCUUGAGUGCUAAGAUAGCUACUUUUGAAGACCAGGAAUGAUUAUUACUUGUUAUCCACCUUGUUAAAAUAAUCCAAUAGAAAGUCUCCCAACUCUGAUUUGACAUCACUCCCAUAAGAAUUGCUUUCUCAUUGGCCCCAACCAUUUCCCCCAUGAUUUUAAUUUGUAUUAAAUUAUGUUUGAGAGAUAUUUUUGUAUGUAAACUAGCAUUUCUGUGUUGGGUGCACAGAGCUAGUUCUUAGCUUCUCAUUUGCUCUGCUGGGAGGAGGAGGCAGCACCCCAUAUAAAACUUUGUGUCUAAUGCAUGGUCAAAGAGGGCCUCAUUAAAAAAAGUGAGGACAGCCCCUGCUCUCAGCGAGUUUACCUUCUUAUAGUGAGCUACAACACACAUGUUAGAGGUGACCAGUGAAGGCUCUUUGGUUUGGAGGCAGCUUGGAGUCCCCAAAGAGGGACAGAUUAAAGGCCAGAAUGACUCUUAAAGUUUUAUUAAAUUUAAGUUCUCUGGACCUGGGGGUCAGUAGACCUAGAUUCAGAUCUCAGUUCUGCUAUUUUAUUAGUUGUAUAUAGCCUUUAAUUUUCUGUCUUUAAAAGAGAGGCAAUAAUUAUUUUAUUACUCAUCCUACAGGGAUGCCAUGAAAAUCAAACUGAUUAUGUAAAUUUUAUAGAAAGGCAGUGUGGUAUAGUGGAGUGUGAGCUGGCAGUAGAGUCAGAAAGACCUGAGUUCAAGAUCUACCUCUGACAUACUGACUGUGACCCUGGGUAAGUAACUAACUCUCAGUGUUCUAGGCAAUUCCAGGACUCUGUUGCAGAGAAGGUGGCAUUGGUGGGAAUUCCCAAAGCCAUUAGUUCCUUAUACCAAUGAAAGUACAGGUCUAGUCCCUAUCUCUGUGUCAUUUAUACAGUGAUUUGAAAACAGAAGGUACUAUUAUAAAUAUCAGUUAUUCCUUAAAUUUUGAAACUUGAGAUGGUGAUGAAUUAUAUAGUUUAGAUUAGAGGAUAAAUUCAUAUGUAUCUCAUACAGCUUUUGGAUGAGUUAUUUAUUUGAUAAAUUAUGCCAUAACCAUUGGUGGCUGAAAAAAGCUGUAUGAGAACUUCUGAGUAGAAGACUAAUGCUAGAUUAUAAAGCAUUAUAUUUAGAAAGGAUUAGCAUUAGUUUCUCUGAGUUGCUUCAAGAAAACAAUGUCUCUUAUUUUUUCUUCCUGGUAUCCUUAAUAGAAGUUUUCAUUUUGUAUUUGUGUGUGUGUGUGUGUGUGUGUGAGAGAGAGAGAGAGAGAGAGAGAGACAGACAGACAGACACAGAGAGACAAAGAGAGAGAGAAAGUGAGAGAAAGUGAGAGAAAGGAAGAGAAACAAAGGGAGAAAGACAGGGAGAUAGGUUAGGGGAGUGAUAGAGAGAAAGAGGUAGAGAAAGAAUAAUAAAGAGAGGGAAGAAAAACAAAAAAGGAGGAAGACAGACAGGAGAAAGACAGAGUAAGGCAGACAUGGGCAGAGAAAGUACAAGCAAGACAUAAAGACAGAGAAAGGCUGAAAAGACAUAAUGAUAUGAUAGGGUUAUAACAUUUGCAUCAUAUAGAACUGAAAAAUUUUGGGAAUCCUGAUAUGAAAUGGAGCUGUUAUGAGGCAUUGAGGCUGUUGCAACAGACUGUAACAUUCCUUCAAUUUGGAUUUCUCCCCAUCUUGUCUAGUUUCUCCCUAAGGGGGAAAAAAAAACUCCAACCCAAACCAAAUCAGUGUUUUGAUAGGGACCUAUAAUUAGAAAGAUCAUUCCAUUCCAAACUAAUUUUAUUUGACUGAUGAGGGUGAGGUAGGAGAGAGAAGCAGUGUGGUCUAAUUGAAAGAGUAUUGGCCAAGGAUUUAGAAGAGCUGGGUUUCAAUUUGAGCCAUCAUUUACUAGUUAUGCUAUCUUACCAGAAUAAUUUAUUCUUUCUGGACUUUAGCUAUUUCAUCUACAGAGUAUUUGGAAGUUAGACUAGUUCCUAGGUUAUUUUUAGCUCUGAAAUUUGUGCAGUCCCAUGAUUCUGCAUCCAUAUGUCUAUCACAUAAAGGUUAGUUUUUUGUUUUGUUUUUGAGGUAUUGUUUAAGUCUAAUGGAAAUAUUUGGAAAUAGCAGAUUUUGAGGUUCUGGUUUAUAUAGGAAUUAAAUUCAGCUUGAAUAAGUAUGGAAGGACUGGAUUGGACUUGACAGUUUUGAAACAAAACUUUAACAACUUUAAACAGCAUUUUACUGCAACAACAACUUUAAACAACAUUUAUCAGGUGCAAAAAUAUUAGAAAUACUGAACUUUACAAUAUCAGACAUUUUAAAAAUAGAGAAAUUUUGGUGUACAUUAACAUUCAAACUUAUUCUUCUCAGCGAAAUGUAUUUGUGAAAAUUAGUUGCUUAAUUUUGGAUCCUGGAUGGUUUGAUCUGAAUAUCUUCAUCAAAUAUGUAUUAAACAUCUACUCUGUUGUUAUACUAAGUGGAUACUGAGCAGCAAAAUGCAUAACUCUUGUUCUUCAGGAGCUUAACAAUUUGGUUGGGGAGGCACACAUGAAUAUUUAAACAACAUGUCUUAUUUAAAUUUUAUCUUUUCCAGUAACUAGCAUAAUCAAUAAAUCAAUAUUUAUUAACUAUCUA